AUGAAGCGCGCUAGCAAACGGACUGGAACGAAAUCAUGCGGUGAUAUUGAAGACCUCGCGAAACUCCCCAGCUGGCAGCCUCCCAAGUGGUACGCCACACUAGAGAACAUUCAGCGGAUGCGAGUUCGUCGCAACGCUCCCGUGGACACUAUGGGCUGUGACCAGCUUGCUGAUGAAAGGGCAGAUCCAAAGACGUUUCGACUGCAGACGCUUUUGUCGUUAAUGAUAUCCUCGCAAACCAAGGACGGAGCGACUGCGGGCGCCAUAGAGCGUCUCAAGGAGCACAAUGUGGCCCACCUGGCUGCUCUGCGCAAACUUCCCGAACAGAAACUCGCCCAACUCCUCUACCCUGUCUCGUUCUACAAGACAAAGGCGAAAAACAUUAAAAAGGUUUGUGAAAUUCUGGCAAGUGACUUCGACGGCGAUAUUCCACACAACCUCAAAGACCUGCUCUCUCUACCGGGCGUUGGACCUAAGAUGGCUCACCUAGCUAUGCAGUGCGCCUGGCACGAGGUUACCGGAAUCGGCGUAGACACCCACGUCCACCGAAUAGCCAAUCGCAUUCGUUGGGUCCAGAAGCCCACGAAGACACCUGAGGAGACGCGCAUAGCCCUCGAGAGUUGGCUCCCUCGGGAUCUCUGGGGGGACGUGAAUCACCUGCUGGUUGGAUUUGGCCAACAGAUCUGCCUUCCGGUAAAUCCGAGAUGCUUCGCCUGCAUCAACUCGCCAAUUUGUCCGUCCGCGCGCAAAUCACCGCAGGCUCCCGAUGCGGACUCAGUUGAGAGUGGUCCCAGGAAGGUGGCGAGGCGCAGUGCAGCCAAGAAAUAG